AAGAAACAAAAUAUACUACAAUGCGUAUACAAGGGAUGGACGACCUGGUGGGCAAUCCCGGGAUCAACAAAAUCUAUGAUUUCAAAGGAGUUUUGUCCCUGACGGGUGCUUGUCAUAUAAAAAGAAUGUGUGAUGAUGAGGAACUAUGUAUGCCUCUAUACUGGAGAUGCCAGGAUCUUCAGAAUAAACUCCUGGAGGAGCAGGAUCAGGGAGCGAGGAGUCAGAUUAUAAUAAAAUCUAUUCAGGAGAACUUGGCAGAAUUUAGUAAACACUCGGAGAAAAUAGUUUUCUCUCCAGAUCUUUCCUGGUUCAAUACUCCUCAACCCCUCAAAAGGCAAAGUUUUGAUGGGUUGAUAACAGUUAUUGAUUUCUUUACGUACUGCUGUAUCAACUGUAUGCAUAUUUUGCCAGAUCUAGAGACGGUUGAGUCAAUGUUUCCAACUGAAGUAUGUGUGGUUGGAGUUCACAGUGCCAAGUUUGAGAAUGAGAAAUCAGAAACACAAAUUGAACACGCUAUUCAGAGGUAUAAUAUCGAGCACCCAGUCUGUAAUGAUAAAUCUCUUCAGCUCUGGAAAAGUUUAGGUGUAACUUGCUGGCCAACUCUCCUUAUCCUCUCUCCUACAGGAGUUCCUAUUCAGGUUCUCAUGGGGGAGGGACACUCAGGAUUCCUAAUAGAGUUCCUUAACACUGCUAUUAAAUACUUUAAAGGUACUGGAGAACUAGUUGAAGGACGGAUACCUAGAAGUAUAAACUCUAAAGUUGGCGGGUUCAAUCUGAAAUAUCCUGGAAAAAUAACAUUGCACAAUCAAAACUUGGUUGUAUCCGAUAGUGGGAAUAACAGGAUCCUGAUCCUGAAUCUUGAGUCAGGAUGCUCCGCAACCGUCCUACAUACAAUAGGGUCCGGAGUCCGGGGUAGGCAGGACGGAGAGUACGGUUCUUCAUCCUUCAAUAAUCCCCAGGGUUUAUGUUAUAUCGGAGAAGAUCUGUUGAUGGUAUCGGAUACUGACAAUCAUCUUCUCAGAAUGAUAAAUCUUAAAACCCAAAGAGUGAGUACUGUAGGAGGGACUGGAGUACAGGGAGUGGAUAAGGAGGGAGGAAAAACAGGAUUGGAACAAGAGAUAUCUUCUCCUUGGGAUAUUGUCAAGAUCAACGAAGGAGCUGUAGCAGUUGCAAUGGCCGGAACUCAUCAGAUCUGGAUGUAUUGUUUGGCUGAGGUUGGAUGGUGGAAAGGAUUGGUUUACCCUGCAGGAACCCUGGUUAGGAUUGCAGGGAGCGGAGCUGAGGAGAAUAGGAAUAAUUCAUAUCCGGCCAAAGCAGGGUUCGCUCAACCCAGUGGACUCUCCUUAGAUCAAUCUCAGGGAACCCUGUUCAUUGCAGAUAGCGAGAGUUCCACAGUUAGAAGGAUGGAUCUGAAGGAUGGUUGUGUUAAGAAUGUUGUUGGAGGAGAGAGAGAUCCCAUGAAUCUGUUCGGAUUCGGAGAUAUCGACGCUAGCGGGGUAAACGCUAAACUUCAACACCCCCUGGCGGUGGCCUGGAAUCCAAUUAGGAAGGAGCUCUACGUUGCGGAUUCAUAUAAUCACAAAAUCAAGAAGAUAAGCGGACCAAAGAAUGACUGUAUAAGCCUGGUUGGGAAAGAUCCUGGGGACCAGAUCGGAGAUUCUAUACUCGCCAGAUUAUGUGAACCUGGUGGUAUAUCUGUAUCUGAGGACGGUAGUUUACUUUAUAUUGCGGACACUAACAAUCAUGCUGUUAAAGCACUCAACCUGGAUACUCUUACUCUUCACAGGGUUGGGAUCAAAUUCCCAGAAUCUACUGAGAAGUUUGACAACGUUAUUGAACACAAGAUCGAGGGUAAUUUUUCUGAUGGACUAGAGCUGAACGCUAGCCUGGAGCACUUGGAGUAUAAACUCAACGCUGAUGGAACGUCUUCUUGGAGACUAGAGAGUACAGACCAGGGUUGGAAAUAUCCAAACUCUGGAGAAUUAUCAUCUUCAAACCUUUCCAUCCCACUAGUGUGGGACGGAGCAGAUACAGCUGUAACUCUAAACCUUAAUCUAAAAAUCUAUCUCUGUAGUAAAAAUGAUGGUGUUUGUUUAGCUAAAAAUAUUCUUCAUAAGCUUGAAAUUAGAAAUAUAUCCGGAGGAAAUCACGUUAGUGUAGUCAGUCUUGGGUCUUUGCUGACUUAUUAGAACAUGCAUAAUACAUAGUGUCACGUUUCGUACCCAUAUUUCUUACUGUCAUGUCCAAUGUCCAUCGGAGGAAUACUAAUGACAAUUGUUUUUGUCAAGCUUUUCAAUUGUUAGAUGACUUCUUACGUAAUACAUAUGAUCUGUAUUCUGUUCUCUUAUCAAUUCUUUUUUUUUACUUCAUAAACAUCUUAUUAUUUUACUUAUUAUAUAAAUCGUUAUUAUGUUUAUAAACUCGUGUGUAUUAAAUAGUUAAUUGUAUUUUUUCCAUUUUUAUCAUUUACUCGUUAGUAAUUUUAAUUCUUCUUAUGAACAAUGAACGAUGUUCAAAUAUGUCUUCCAAAAGUGCUUGCUUUUCUAGCUAUAUAUUGUUAAAUAUUUACAAGAAUAUGUAAUCCGCGAACUGCCCUUGAAAAAUUCACAAAAAAUGUUAUCACUUACAGAACUAUAAAGUAAACAUAUUGUUAACAAAGCCUAAACCAAAGACUACCUAAGCUAAUAUUGUAAUAUUUAAAGUAUAGGUGACUCAUGCUAAAACCCUCUCCCAGCCUCACACCUUUAUCUCUUUGUUUCUUAUAAUGAAUGUGGAGUAGUUAACCUGAACUGAUUCAUUAAGAUUCGGCAGUGCACCCUAGACCUUUGAACCGAACAGACGUAUGAGCCCAAGCUCCGUUUGUUCAACCAAAGGCUAGGGGACAGGAAAUUCAUGGACAGCUCUCAGAAGGCUUACAGCUUGUGGACUUACAUAAUUAUAUCUUACAUGAUCAUAUCUUCAGGAAUACAAUAAACCACUGAUGAGACAGAUAUCUCAGGUUUACAAUAGAAUCAGAGAUAUGUGGUUCCACCUCAACACAGCUGGUUCAACUACCUACACACUCUAAUACUCCAGGUGUAUCUAUGGUUAGAAACACUGGAGACUCCGAGGAUCGCUGGAACUGUAGAACGGACAAUAGAAUCCGAGCAAUGUAGUUCCACCUCUAUACAGCUGGUUCAACUCCCUACACCCUCUAAUAUUCCAGGAGUUUCUAUGGUUAGAAACACUGGAGACUUAGAAGAUAAUACAGACUAAUGAAUCCAGGUGAAAAAGAGAUCAUGAGGAUCUAUCAAGAUUGGAUCUACCAAGCUACUAAUAUGAUAAAGAGAUUACGAAGAUAAAGAGCAUACUGUAGAAAUGCAGAGCAGACUACAGACCACGGAGAUAUAGAGCAGACUGUAGAUCAACAGAGAUGCAGAGCAUACUUCAGAUCACGGAGAUAUAGAGCAUACUUUAGAGAUGCAGAGCAGACUACAGAUAACGGAGAUAUAGAGCAUACUGUAGAGAUGCAGAGCAGACUACAGAUCACGGAGAUAUAAAUCAGACUGUAGAUCAACAGAGAUGCAGAGCAGACUACAGGUAAUGUGGAUACUGCAGAUAUUGUAGAUACUGCAGAUAUUGUGGACACUUCAGAUAUGGAGGAUACUGCAGAUACUGUGGAUACUGCUGAUAUUAGGGAUGCUGCAGAUACUGUGGAUACUGCCGAUAUUGAGGAUACUGCAGAUAUUGAGGACACUGCAGAUACUGUGGAGACUAGAGAUCCAGAGCAGAUUGAUAGAGAGCUAGGAUGGAUCACAAAGAUCACCAGCUAUAUGAACCACAGGAGAACUGCAAGUAUGAGAUCAUAGAUCUACAGCAGAUUGACAGAGAACUAGGAUGAUCAUAAAUCACCAGUUACAAGUAUCACAGGAGAAGAUCAUAGGUCUGUAGCAGAUUGAUAGAUAGCAAGGAUUGAUCAGGAGAUCACCAGUUAUAUUAUCUAUAGAAAGAUUAGCUGAGACCACAUCUAGCCCAGCAGGGAACAGAGGCUCAGAUGAACUACUAAGGGACUCUUCCUAUAUAAGAGUUAGUGGAGACUUGCUUUACCGCUGAGGGACUCUUCCUAUAUAGGAGUUAGUGGAGACUUGCUUUACCACUGAGGGAGUCUUCCUAUAUAAGAGCUAGUGGAGACUUGCUUUAUCUCUGAGGGACUCUUCCUAUAUAAGAGCUAGUGGAGACUUGCUUUAACGCUGAGGGACUCUUCUUAUAUAGGAGUUAGUGGAGACUUGCUUUACCACUGAGGGAGUCUUCCUAUAUAAGAGCUAGUGGAGACUUGUCUUACCGCUGAGGGACUCUUACUAUAUAGGAGUUAGUGGAGACUUUAAUUGGUUUAAUUGGUUUAAUUGGUGAAUUUAUGUUAUUGUAUCACUGGUGUGAUAAUUAAAAUAUCUCAAUCUUU